AUGAAGAAGGAAUACCCUCUAGUUGUGGAAGGAGAUUGGAAGAAGAUCGAAGCUGAGCUUAUGAAGUCUCGAGUAGGACCGAAGAUCAUUGAUCAUUACUUUCUCUACGCUCACAAAGGGAAAAUUAAGAUUUUCAUAUAUCUGGUGUUCCUUGGAUUCAUUUUGAACAAAAGUUCGUUGAUACAGUCUAGUCGACAGUGCAUUUUGGAUAUGCCUUCGGUGGCUUCCAAAGCAUUCAGAGAGCCCGAAAGCUGCGAGUUUUGUGAACACACCAAAGAAGUUGACAAGGUGACAAACAUCUCACCGAAUGAAUUCUUAGAAUUCUAUUCCAAGCCUUUUAGACCAGUUGUAGUGGCAGAUGGAGCUACCAACUGGUCUGCACUGCAGACCUUCAGUUUCAAUUUCUUCAAGGAACUACACCAAAAGGUGCAACUUGACAAAAGCGAAGUGAAGAACUGCCAAUUUUUCCCCUAUAAGACCGAUUUCAAGUACCUAAGCGAAGUGUUCAACAUGAGCGAGUCGCGAGCGAACCUGGAGCCAGGAGAAAAACCGUGGUACGUAGGAUGGAGCAACUGUAACGAAAAUUCUGGAAAAGUAUUGCAACAGUAUUACUCUAAGCCGUACUUCCUUGGGAACAACUCCGAAGACAUUGCGUUGAGUUGGAUAUUCAUGGGUGGACCUGGAUUUGGGGCACAGAUGCACGUAGACAAUGUUCAUUACCCAUCUUGGCAAGCACAGCUCAAGGGCAAGAAGUUAUGGAGACUGGCACCUCCACCAGAAUGCUAUCUGUCCUGUCAUAAAAUGGAAGUAAUUGUAGAGCCUGGGGAAAUUAUUGCUGUGGACACAAAUAAAUGGUACCACCAAACUAUUGUGCUGCCUGGUGAAAUAAGUAUCACCAUUGGCGCAGAAUUUGAUUAAAGAAUAUAUAUAUAUAUAUAUAUACAUACAGGGUGAGUCAUUAAUUUUCAGAUAAUGACUGUAGAAGGAAGAUAAACCAAAAUAUGUGUGUAAAAAUAAAAAAAAAUGAAAAAAAAAAUGUUACCUUGUUUUAUAAAGUAUCCUCCCGACAAGUAUUUCAGUGCGGACCUGUAUUUGACCGUGCGGUCUUGGAGCACCGGCAUAUUCCCUCCCCUGUGAGGUCUUAAGUCACGAGCCCUUUGUACUACAUUAACAAAGGCACGAGGGGUUGAUUGCACUCGAUUGGGAAACCGAUCCGCAUAAAUUCGUGAUGCCGCGGCAGCAUUUUGUAAAGACUCCCCCCCCGUAAAUAAGAAUCAUGUCCACAAGUUCAGCAUUUUCGUAAACAUGUGCCAUUUUUUAUUUCGUUUGAGCCACGCAACAAACACCACUAUUCACUCACGCGUUACCGACUGACACAUUGACUGAAUACAACUGAAUAAAAUUGUAACCGAUAAGGCGGAUUAUAUCCGUUGUCGCCAAACAGGAGCACAUAAAUUAUUAUUGAGACAGGGCGGUACUCAAACUUCUAAAGGGCUAUAACUUUGUUACUUUAAUUUUACCAGAAACAUCUUAAAGGAAAAAAACAUUUCUUUUGAUCAGAUCUACACACUGUUAAAAUAAAUGACUCAACUUCGAAGUCACCCUGUAUAUACUCGUAUAUAUAUAUACAAGUAUUUCAGUGCGGACCUGUAUUUGAUCGUGAGGUCCCCUGUGAGGUCUUAAGUCACCUGAUUCACGAGCCCGUUGUACUACAUUAACAAAGGCACGAGGGGUUGGUUGCACUCGAUUGGGAAACCGAUCCGCAUAAACAUGUGCCAUUUUUUAUUUCGUUUGAGCCACGCAACAGACACCACUAUUCACAAGCGUUACCGACUGACACUGACUGUAUGUAUACAACUGAAUAAAAUAAUUGUAAAAAUAUCGUUCCAAAUUCUUUCGCUUUUUUGUUUCCGAUGCGAUGAACCGAUAAGGCGGAUUAUAUCCGUUGUUGCCAAACACGAGCACAUGAUAUUAUUAUUGAGACAGGGCAGUACUCAAACUUCCAAAGGGCUAUAACUUUGUUACUUUAAUUUUACCAGAAAAAUGGUAAAGGAAAAAACAUUUCUUUUGAUCAGAUCUACU